AUCAGCAGCGCCGUCCCCGCCUCGCUGCUUCUCCUGCCCAGAAGAGCCGCCGCCGCCGCCGCCGCAAUUCCCCGGGAGUGCAAGUGGGGGAAUAGGGGCCGGUGGUUGGACUGCUGCCGCUGCCGCCUUGGACUGUAAUGUGCUCCCCGCUGCUGUUGUUAGUGCCGCAGCCGCAGCAGAAGCAGCAGCCGCAGCCCUGAAGGAGCCAUGCCGGGCUGGAAGAAGAACAUCCCCGUCUGCCUCCAAGCCGAGCAGGAGAGAGAUGACAGUCCAUAUACUAAAUCUGCAAACCAGUCAAAGCCACCCGAUGGAGCACUAGCUAUAAGAAGACAGAGUAUUCCAGAGGAAUUCAAAGGCUCAACAAUAGUUGAACUGAUAAAAAAAGAGGGCACUACUUUGGGGCUUACAGUAUCUGGUGGAACGGACAAAGAUGGAAAACCAAGAGUGUCCAACCUUCGACAAGGAGGAAUUGCUGCUAGAAGUGACCAACUGGAUGUGGGGGAUUACAUCAAAUCUGUAAAUGGAAUCAACCUGACAAAGUUUCGCCAUGAUGAGAUCAUUAGUUUGCUCAAGAAUGUUGGUGAACGGGUUGUAUUAGAAGUGGAGUAUGAACUGCCACCUGCUUCUGUACAAGGUUCAGGUGUCAUUUUUAGAACUGUGGAAGUUACUUUACAUAAAGAAGGGAACACUUUUGGAUUUGUAAUUAGAGGUGGAGCACACGAUGACAGAAAUAAAUCUCGUCCUAUUGUAAUAACAUGUGUUAGACCUGGAGGUCCUGCCGACAGAGAGGGUACUAUCAAGCCUGGAGACAGGUUGCUCAGCGUUGAUGGAAUUCGGCUUGUUGGAACUUCACACAAUGAAGCCAUGUGUAUUCUCAAACAGUGUGGUCAAGAAGCAACUCUGCUAAUAGAAUAUGAUGUCUCAGUUAUGGAUUCAGUAACAACAGCUUCUGGGCCACUGCUUGUCGAAGUUGCCAAAACCGCUGGUUCUGCUCUGGGCGUUGCACUAUCUACCUCACUGUGUUGCAGCAAGCAAGUCAUUGUUAUAGAUAAAAUAAAAUCUGCAAGUAUAGCAGAUAGAUGUGGUGCAUUACAUAUAGGUGAUCAUAUUCUGUCUAUUGAUGGUACUAGCAUGGAAUACUGUACGUUGGCUGAAGCAACACAAUUUUUGGCUAAUACUUCUGACAAUGUCAAACUAGAGAUCCUUCCCCAUCAUCAGACACGUCUUGCACUUAAAGGACCAGAACAUGUAAAGGUUCAAAGGAGCAACAAGCAGAUUCUAUGGGAUCCUUAUGCCAAGAGUCACAGCAGUGCCCUCAGUUACCACCAUUAUAACACCAAACACCCUGAUCAUUUCAGGAUGCCAGCUUUGAAAUGCCAGAAAACACCACCUCAAAAAAGUCUUUCCUUGGUAUCUUCAUCAUUUUCUCCUGCCUCCAUGAGUGCAUAUAGCUUGAGUUCACUAAACAUGGGAACUUUACCGCGCAGCCUCUACUCUACUAGUCCAAGAGGAACAUUGAUGAGAAGAAGAAUGAAAAAGAAGGACUUCAAAAGCUCAUUAUCACUAGCCUCUAGCACUGUUGGCUUGGCAGGGCAAGUGGUCCACACGGAAACCACCGAAGUAGUGUUGACAGCUGAUCCAAUUGUAGGAUUUGGAAUACAGCUCCAGGGCAGUGUGUUUGCUACAGAGACAUUAUCAUCUCCACCUCUGAUUUCCUAUAUAGAAGCUGACAGUCCAGCAGAAAAGUGUGGCAUCCUCCAAAUAGGAGACAGAAUACUGACUAUAAAUGGGAUCCUAACUGAAGAUAGCACUUUUGAUGAAGCUAAUCAGCUCCUCAGAGAUUCUUCUAUCACUAGCAAGGUCACUCUGGAAAUUGAAUUUGAUGUUGCAGAAUCUGUUAUACCAAGUAGUGGCACUUUUCAUGUAAAACUACCAAAGAAGCAUAAUGUAGAACUUGGCAUCACCAUAAGUUCUCCAUCUAGUCGAAAACCAGGGGAUCCUCUUGUUAUUUCAGAUAUUAAGAAGGGAAGUGUUGCCCAUAGAACUGGGACGUUGGAACUAGGUGAUAAAUUGCUUGCCAUAGACAAUAUUCGACUGGACAACUGUUCCAUGGAAGAUGCUGUUCAAAUCCUGCAGCAUUGUGAGGAACUUGUAAAACUGAAAAUUCGCAAGGAUGAAGAUAACUCUGAGACCAAUUGCAUCCUCUUGGCAUGUAUUGCAGAUGAACAAGAGAGCUCAGGAGCAAUUAUUUAUACUGUUGAGCUCAAGAGAUAUGGAGGACCUCUUGGGAUCACUAUUUCUGGUACAGAAGAGCCUUUUGAUCCUAUUAUCAUUUCGAGUCUUACUAAAGGUGGAUUAGCUGAAAGGACAGGUGCAAUUCAUAUCGGAGAUCGAAUCUUAGCAAUAAAUAGUAACAGUCUGAAAGGGAAACCUUUGAGUGAAGCCAUUCAUUUGUUACAGAUGGCAGGAGAGACUGUGACCUUGAAAAUAAAAAAGCAGACAGAUGCAUCAAGUCCCAAUAAAUUUUCUGCCUCUGGUCAUACAAAUGAAUUAAGUGAUGCUGAAGAUGAUGCAGCCACCACACAAAAACCAGGCAAGCUAUCUGAAAUCUAUUCCACGACUGUCCCAAGUGUGGACAGUGCUGUAGAAUCGUGGGAUGGCUCUGGAAUGGAUAACAGUUAUGGAAGUCAAGGUCCCAAUUAUCAGGCUUCAGGAUACAACUUCAAUACCUUUGAAUGGAGAAGUCCAAAACAAAAGGGUAGUUUAUCUCCUUUGAAUAGGCCCCGAAUCAACUCCUUCCAUGAUACAGGGUUAAGUGAUGAUGAUUGGGAUAAACCAGUAGCAAGUAGCUUUACAGGUGUCCCUGAGCCUGACCAGGAGGAAAACUUCUGGUCCCAAGCACUGGAAGAUUUGGAGACUUGUGGACAGUCAGGAAUUCUGAGGGAAUUAGAGGCUACAAUUAUGUCAGGGAGUACAGUGAGCCUGAAUCAUGAUAACUCUCAAGUUCGCAGCCAUCUAGGAAGACAAGCCAGCUUUCAGGAAAGAAGUACUUCGAGGCCACAUUAUAGCCAGACCACUCGAAGCAACACAUUGCCUUCAGAUGUGGGGAGGAAGUCCAUAGCCCUUAGGAAAAUGAAGCAAGAGAUGAAAGAAAUCAUGUCCCCAACUCCUGUGGAGUUACACAAGAUAACUUUAUACAAGGAUUCUAAUAUGGAGGACUUUGGAUUCAGUGUCUCUGAUGGCUUAUUGGAAAAAGGUGUAUAUGUUAAAAAUAUUCGGCCAGAUGGACCUGGAGAUGUAGGUGGUUUGAAGCCAUAUGACAGACUACUACAGGUAAAUCAUGUUCGGACAAGGGACUUUGACUGCUGCCUAGUUGUACCCCUAAUAGCAGAGUCUGGUAAUAAAUUAGAACUUGUUAUUAGUCGCAACCCGUUAGCUUCCCAAAAGAAGGGCUCUGAGCACCAGAUUUUCUCAACAGGACAAUGGAGCCAUCCAAACCAUGCUUUCCUUCAACAAAGCGGACAUAACACAGGCUCAGAGAUGAAAUGGGAACCUAUGAACACUUUAUAGCCAAAAACUGUACCUGUCCAAGAGAUUUAAAUGGUGCUAUUUUUUUUAAUAUGUCUGAUACACUGGAAACACAGACACUAUCUAAUGUUGAGAAGCACACAGGGAAGGUUCUGAUUAUUUCUCAUGGCUCAUUCUUUGCUGCUUUCUUCCCAAUCGAGUUUUCUUCUCACUUUUUUAUAACCACAAAUAGUGCCAUUUCAAGUUGAACUCCACAAGCAAGAGAAAUUAAUGAGGAAAGUAACUGUUUUCAUGUAGAUUAAUCAAAAGAAACAUUGUAAAUGAAACAGCUCUUUUCAGCUCCCAUCCAAGUCGCUGAAGAGUAUCCCCAACUUGGAACAUGAGUUUUUAAUUAUCAAAAUUUAUAUUAAAAGAUGAGCUAAUUGAAGGAAGGAAUAUCAAAAUAUUAUCACUAUGCCCAAAAGAUUAUUGUAUCAUAGUUAUUGUUUAACAAAGUGUAUAUCUGUUACCUCUGCUAAACAAGAGGAGGGGGGAAAAGUGGGGGAUCAGAGAUGGGUUUCAGCAGGUUCUGACCAGUUCUGGAGAACCGGUAGCAGAAAUUUUGAGUAGUUUGGAUAACCUGUAAAUACCAUCUCUGACUGGCCCACCCCCAUUUAUUCUCUGUCUCCUGAGUCCCAGCUGAUCAGGAGGAAAUGGAGAUUUUACAGUAUCCUUCCCCUGCCACGCCCACAAAGCCACGCCCACCAAGCCAUGCCAUGCCCACAAAGCCACACUCACAGAAUCGGUAGUAAAAAAAUUUGAAACCCACCACUGGGGGGGGGGACCAAAAACUGUUACUUGUUCUGCAAUCAUUUCAGCAAAGGUGCACACAGGAUCCCAGAGGGUAAAACUUUAGAUUCUGUUACAAUAUGAUUUAUUAGAAAUUACAUUAUUCCCUAUGCAAUGAUUUACUGAAUAGGAUAUGCCAUGCAGCCUGUAUGGAUUUCUCACUUUUAAGUAUUUGGAACAUAUAAUGAUUUUUGUUUUAAAACAAUUAAUAAGGCUUAUGGAAACAAAGUUUAAUAAGAAAAACAUUCAAGUAAGUUUUUUUCUUAACUAAAUUCCAGUAGCAAAGUAAUACUGAUGCAAAAACAUAUGAACUGCUGUGUUUAGGGAACACGUAUAUAAAUAAACUUGUACAGCAACACAGGACUUUUAAAAAAAAUUAAGAUAAAUGAAAUAUGCAUUGAUUUAAAGUAUCUAUUUAAAUAGCUUUUUUGGAGCUCUCAUUGACUCUGCCAUUUUGAAGACUUAAUUUUAAAAUGUAAAUAGGUUUUACCCACAUAUUCCCAAAUUCUGCCGUUUCUCAUUCAAAGCAAUAAACUGCUGCUAGUUGCUUUUGAGACCCACCAGCAGCUGCUUUGGUUUGUCCACUGUAUUGUCUUGAUAAUUAAUGUUACUUAGUGACUGGAAAGACACCGGAUUUUUCUGUGACAACAUUGAACCUUUAUAUCUUACCACAAUUUUUUGGCCUCUUUGAAUUGUCAAAAUACCCAUAAUACUCUUUUCUUCACCUAUUAGAGAGCAGGUUUCUAUGCCCUAUGCAUUCACAAGACAUUUUCUCAUAUUCCAGCACUGCCAGAAAGAAAAAAAAUUUAAAUGAAAUUGAAAUCCAUAUCAUGAAUCACUUAAUACGUAUUUUUAUUUGUAACAAUGAGUAUUAAACUAAAGUAUUUUUGUACAAAUUUAAUACUUUAAUAGCAUGAUAUUUAUCAUCUAUGUAUGGUUUCUGGGAAUUCAAAUUGUUAAAAAUUUGUAUGGAAAAUGUAAAAAAAUUAAUAAACAUAUUUAAAGACAAUAGUUUGGAUCCUAAAAGUAAACACAGAAGAAAAAUUGUGGAACAUGACUUCUUUUACCACUACAAAAGAGUGGAAAUGGCCAAAAAUUGAGUCAAGGCACUUGCAAAGAUAGAACUGCAAACUUCAUCAUAAAGUGAAAAAAAAUAUUUAGACAAACAGCUUACAUAGGGAAAUAUUCACACAGGGGAAAAGGAUUGUUUCACUAUAUCAUCCAAUCCAAGUUGUGUGAUCAUUAUUUACCCCAUUAAAUUUUAAGAUUUUGUGCAACAAAUGCAAUUCAUAAAGAAAAGCAUCUUCAUUCUUUUAAGCAUUCAAGAAUACAUAUAUGCUAUUUGUCAUAUAUGUCAUGCCUUUAUUUAGGAGGCUUUAUGUGACUUCCUUUCUUGGGCGAUGGCAUUUCUCUAAAAAAGAUGUUGAGACUUUGGAAAAAGUUCAGAGAAGAGCAACUAAAGUGAUCAAAGUCCUGGAGACUAAACCAUAGAACGGCUGCAGGUUUGGGGUUUGGCUAUUCUAAAGAAAGAAGAUUUAGGGGUGACAUGAUAGCAGUAUUCCAGUAUUUGAGAGGCUGCCACAAAGAAGAGGGGGUCAAAGUAUUCUCCGAAGCACCAGAGGGCAGGACAAGAAACAAUGGUUGGAAACUAAGCAAAGAGAGAAGCAAUGUGGAAGUAAGGAGAAACUUCCUAACAAUGAGGACAAUUAACCAGUGGAACAGUUGCCUUCAGAAAUUGUGGACACUCCAUCACUGGGGGUUUUUAAGAAGAGACUGGACAGUUAUCUAAAAUGUUACAGGUUCUGCUUGCGCAGGGGGCUGAUCUCCCUUUUAGCUCUAUUCCUAUUCUAUUUCUAUUUCUAUUCAGUGUAACCAACUUAGUGUACUGCACUAAGCAACUUAAAUUGACCAUUAGGAGGCAGUACCUGGCCAAUUUCAUCUUUACUUUGGACUGAACAAGUAUAGUAGCCACAAAGAUGCCCUGUAUAUCCAAAAUGCAAUGCCCAGUAAAGGGUUUGAAUUUCUAAAACUCUGGCUAUGUAUGCCAGAUACAUAAUAUAAGUACGCUGCAGGUAGUCAAAAAUUGGAUUAUUUCAAUUUUCAAGAGGUUAUUACAUUUUCUUUUUGCAAGCAAAAACAAAUACCAAAAUACAGUGAAGUCACAUUUCAAGAGACCAUUCAUGGAAGCAGCUGCGAGUUAAUCCCCAAGCUAAUCAAAUGAUGCAGUCAUGAUCAUUAUAAAACAAAAGAUCGUUUUCAUCACUAUAUUAUUUGUAUAUAGUUCAUUCAUUAGGCCAAUGAAAAUUCCCAAGAUAUAAAAUUAAUAUAAAUACAGCUGCCUCAUCCAGGCUACUUUGAACGCAACAGACUUUACAUUAUUUCAGGCGUAGUUGAAAUAAGAUGGAAAUUUGUUUAUUGCAUCUGGAAUAUACUUCAUGUGUCUAUGAAAUUGAAGUUUUGCCAUAACUCGUUUG